AUGGCACCGCCGGCCAAAACCAUCAACAGCUUCGCUUCAGGCGUGAGGCAUGUCUCAAAACGCCUGAUUGCAUCUUAUGUGAUUGAUUGGAUUCUGAUCCUAGCAACCGCUGGCGUCGGGAUUGCCUUGUCAAAAAUCCACGGAAACAAACACCACUUCUCCCUUCAAGACCCAAACAUCUCCUUUCCCUAUCACGAUGACACCGUCACCGUCCCUGUUUUGAUAGUCAUAGCGGUCAUCGCGCCUGCAAUCAUCACAGCAGCAAUCUCCUUACUGUUCGUCCCCGGUCCGACCGCCGACAGGACGACCCCGAAAGCAUUGAUCUGGCGCAGAAAGCUCUGGGAGUGGAAUGCAGCAUGGAUGGGCCUCGGUGUUGCGCUGUCAGGCGCUUUUGUUAUCACCGAGGGUCUGAAAGACCUCGCGGGCAAGCCUCGACCCUUCCUGCUGGCUGUGUGCGACCCCGACUUGAGCCCUGAAUCCAUACGCCGAUAUCAGGUUGGCGGAUUCGGCACGUCCUUGGAAUCUGCUGUCCCGAUUGUCGUCGACUGGCGCAUCUGCCGACAGACAGACCAAGGCAAGCUGCGUAACGCAUUCGCUAGCUGGCCGUCCGGCCACUCCAGCUUCAUCUGGGCGGGCAUGCUCUACCUCUGCUUGUUUGUCUGUGCCAAAUUCGCCGUCCAGAUCCCUUUCCUGUCGCCGGGCUCUGACAGUCUGCGAUACAUCUCGACGUUCGAUGAAGAAACAGACGGCGACGCCGGAGCGAGAAAGAACUCGCAUUCGACCUCCUCUUCCCGAAUCCACCCCCCUCGCAAUCAAGCAGCAGCGCCUCCAAUAUAUCUUCUUAUCAUUGCAUUCAUCCCUAUUGCAACUGCCUUGUUUGUUUCAACCUCUCGUUGGUUCGACUAUCGCCAUCACGGGUUCGACAUCAUCUCGGGCUCUAUCUUGGGCAUAUUCACUGCGUGGCUCGGUUUCCGGUGGUACCAUUUGCCCAUCCAAGGAGGAUCUGGGUGGGCCUGGGGCGCUCGUAGCCGAGCUCGUGCGUUCUGGUUGGGUGUUGGACGCCCCGGCUAUGUGGGAGACGAAGGGUGGGAGGCUGCAAGGAUUGACAUGCACCCUCGCGAUAUGCAAAGCCGCAGAUUCGUCACAGGACCUGGUUUGGCUGAUCAGCGGGAAUCAACAGAAAUGACUGCCUCAGAUCGAGUCUAG